UGUUGGGGGUGUGUGGGAGAGGGCCUUAGGGCAUCCCAGCGGGGAGGGAAACUGGGUUAACAGAAGCUGCCCACAGCCCCGUUGGGGGUCGGGCUGAAAGCGAUUCUCGCUGGGCAGGAGGGGGCCGACUACGGGAGGGACUGCAGUUUAGGGCCUAGGGGGCCACGUGACUCUCCCCCCGGAAUGCGGUGACGUCACCGGGGGCGUGGCCAUCCCCAAAAUUGGGGAGGAAGGAGGAAAAAAGCCAGAAAAAGUUUCUUUCCUGGAGUCCUAACAGAGGUGUGGGGCGGAAGCAGUGGUCCAGGCCAGAGGCUUGGGGCUCCUUGGGGCCCUGCCGCUGUCCGGAGUCCCCCGUUCCAGGCCAUGUCGGGACCCACCUGGCUCCCUCCGAAGCAGCCAGAGCACGCCAGAGCUUCUCACGGGAGAGCGCUCCCCCGAGGUGCUCCGGGGACGCCACCAGCCCACGGCGCAGCGCUGCAGCCCCACCCCAGGGUCAACUUUUGCCCCCUCCCUUCUGAGCAGUGUUACCAGGUACUGGGGGGACCAGAGGAUCGGGGGCUGGCCUGGAUGGGGUGCCAUGGAGCACCCCAGCGCUCACAGGGGUUUCCCCCAGACAGGGGAGCCUUGCGCCCAGGAAGCUUGGAUGCUGAGAUAGAUUCACUGACCAGCAUGCUGGCUGAGAUGGAUGGGGGUCGUGGCCAAGCCCCAAGGCAGCCAGAACGGCAGGCUUAUGAGCCCCCUCAUCUCCCUGCCUACAGCACUGGCUCAGGUUCCCUGAAGCUGAAUGGAGGGGGUGUUCCUCCCCCGUCACUCCCAGUAUCCCCCUAUGGGGGCCCGACUCCAGCCUCCUAUACCACAGCCACCACCCCUGCUGGCCCUGCCUUCCCUGUGCAAGUGAAGGUGGCACAGCCAGUGAGAGGCUGUGGCCCCCCAAGGCGGGGGACCUCUCAGGCCACCGGGCCCCUCCUGAGCCCUCAUUUCCCUCACCCGGGCCGAGGUGAGAUCUGGGGGUCUGGUUAUAGGAGCCACCGUGAGUCUGGGCCAGGGGGUAAAGAGGAGGCUGCCGGGGUCCCCGGCCCUGCAGGAGGAGGAAGAAGAGGAUACGGGGCCCAGGUCCCCUUGAACCAGCCACCUGAGGAGGAGCUUGAGAGACUGACCAAGAAGCUGGUGCAGGACAUGAACUGCCCACCCAGUGGGGAGUACUUUGGCCGGUGUGGUGGCUGUGGAGAAGAUGUGGUGGGGGAUGGGGCUGGGGUCGUUGCCCUAGACCGUGUCUUUCACGUUAGCUGCUUUGUGUGUUCCACAUGCCGGGCCCAGCUGCGGGGCCAACACUUCUAUGCUGUAGAGAAGAAGGCGUAUUGUGAGAACUGCUAUGUGGCCACCCUGGAGAAGUGCUCCACAUGCUCCCAGCCCAUCCUGGACAGGAUCCUUCGGGCUAUGGGGAAGGCCUAUCACCCUGGCUGCUUCACCUGUGUGGUGUGUCACCGUGGCCUUGAUGGCAUCCCCUUCACGGUGGACGCCACCAGCCAGAUCCACUGCAUUGAGGACUUCCACAGGAAGUUUGCCCCACGAUGCUCAGUAUGUGGUGGGGCUAUCAUGCCCGAGCCAGGCCAGGAGGAAACUGUGCGAAUCGUUGCCCUGGAUCGCAGUUUUCACAUUGGCUGUUACAAGUGUGAGGAAUGUGGGCUGUUGCUCUCCUCUGAGGGUGAGUGUCAGGGCUGUUACCCGCUGGAUGGGCACAUCCUAUGCAAGGCCUGCAGUGCCUGGCGCAUCCAGGAGCUCUCAGCCACUGUCACCACUGACUGCUGAGUCUUCCCAGAAGCAGCUGCUACUUUUCCAUUGUCACUGACCUCCCUCCCCGACAUCUAUUUUUACAAUUUUGUCACAGAAUCUUGUCUUUUCCUCUGAUCAUGAAAUAAUAAUCCCU